AUGUUUUUCUAUCGCGGAUAUCCUCGAUAUGCAACUUUAAUAAUUAGUUGUUUAAUUUUUCUAGGAAGUAUUGGUAUUCUCUUCUCUACGAAGCCUCGUAUUCUAAUUCUGGAAGACGGCCUAGAAGAUCAUGAAGUUAAUUAUUCGGAUGACAUUCCAGUCUUGGCGCCGAUUUCUAGAAACAAUCCUAAUUUCCCGGGUAUCUACGUAGCUGAAGCUUUUCGAGUGAAAAAUGACACAAUUCGCUUUGUCUUUCUACAACAUCGAGAAAAUCAGAAACAGUUGGAAGCGAAGGUCCAAGGGACUGAUUGGAACUUAGUGAAGGCUUUUUGUUAUAACAAAACUUGUGAUGAUAUUCUGUUCUGUGAUAUAGCGACUCGUAUUGCCAUUUUGCGAAUUGAUCCUACUUUAGAGAAAGUAGAUAACAUGAGUUUGGCAGUUGUAGGAAAUUCUGAAUAUUUCAAUAUAAAAGUUCGAGAUGUCCGUAUUAAGAAAGAAAAUGUUUAUCCACAUAGAGUAGGAGUUUGUCUUCAACCCAUAUUCUUCUAUUCUGAUUGGCCUCUUAUCAUUCAAUUUUUUGAAUCAUGGUUAGCACAAGGAGCAACGAAAUUUUAUUUUUACCUGCACAGCUAUACAAAGCAGACAAAAUUAGUUCUGGACUUUUAUAAGCAGAAGCUUGGAGAUAACUUGGAAUUUGUCGAUUGGUCAGACUUACCAGUUCACAACAGAAAUCGUGGAGAUUAUAAUGAAGAUCCUAAUAGUCGAGUUUUUCGCCAUGCAGCCACUGCCUUUAUGCACGAUUGUAUGCUGAGAGCACGAUCUCACGUGAAGUAUGUGGCUAACUUUGAUCUGGAUGACUUUCCUUUUGCUGAAAAUGGAGACAUUGGAGAAACUUUAGAUGAAAUCAUGUUGCAUCAACCAAUCGCUGGUCAAGUCGUAGUCGAGUGGCUUUUGGCGAAACAAACCUCGAUGGACUGGGAUAGCAUCAAUCGACCAAUUGAUGUUCCUUUAUCGUUAUCUGAUGUGAAACUUUUCUCUAACAGUAGUGUCCGUUGGGAUUAUCGCGUUUCAAACAAAAUAUUUCAUCGUCCUGAAAGAGUGGUCGUAUUCGAUAUGCAUACUGUCUAUAGAAAUGAACGGUUACCGCUGAAUAGAAAAAGACGAUUUGAGACGGCAUUUGCACUUAAAACAACAAAAAUCUUCUGCCUUCAUUUGAGGAGGUUUGAGCGCCAUAUUAGAGAAACUCAUAAUGUAUUUGACCGAAAGUUCGACUAUUCCUUACUUGAGGGUCUGAGUGAGAAAAUGGAAAGGAACUUCAAGAUUAGAACUUCCAACUCUGUUUUUGGCAACAAAACAUUGGCUCCAUGGGCCAUGGAAGCACGUGAAAUCAUGAGGAACCUAGAGCAAUGUAGGCGAGAAGCUUUUGGCAAAGAGCUUACGGGAUCUAACAAAAUGUGCCAGCAGAGUAGCUCUGGAUGUCUAGGAAUGUUAAUGAGUGGUACUGAGUUCGAGCACGUGCCGAUUUCAUGGCAAGACGUUGCACAUACAGCCAUAUUUAACAAUUAUUUGGAAUCAAAUUGA